CACAAACAGGAAGCAAGUACACACGAUUUCAGUUCUCAGAGGCAGUUGAACAAACAAAUAGUUUUGACUUCAUAGUUAUACUCAUACAGUUUGUUUUAUAAAGUCACCACCGAUAUAUAGUUGUUUGUUAAACCAACGUUUCAAGUCUUCUAAUCCCAUAUGAUCUAAUAUGGACAUAAAGGAAGUAGAAAAGUGCUGCUGUGUGGUGAAAUUGUCGGAGGCUUUAUCAGCAAAUAAACCAGUGAGCUGCAGCGGAGUUAUCGUCCACCCUCAAACCGGGACUGUGAUAUGUUCAGGUCUGCCGUUUUCACGUUUCAUUGCCGACAAAGACGUUCUCACUUCCGACACCGAGUUUAGCUUCCUACCGCCGCGAACUUUGAGUGACAAGCUCAAAAUCCGUGUCUGCCUCCCACUGGACACCAGCAAGUCAACACACUCUAGACCCAAAACAAGGCGACAUCAAAACGAGGUUUCAGCUCAGCUGCUUAUGCUGGUGAACUGCCCGGAGUUCAAACAAGCUUUCCAGGCACUUUUCCGGGAGGCUGAGCAGUGGCGUUUCCAUGGUGAUGAAGAGGAUGCUGAGCUGAUCAGGGAUGCUCACUUCCUCAGCUGGUUCGCUGUGCUCAAGACCGGUGUGGUGGUCGGGAGCAGCCCAGACUCUGGUACCAUCCCCUGGCAGAGCAGCUCACCUCUGCAGAAGGGCUCCCAUGUUGUUGCAUGUGGUUCACCCUUCGGCUCCCUCUGCCUUGACCUCUUCAUCAGCACACUCAGCAGAGGGAUCAUCAGUAACCUGGCUGGAGAGGACAACGCUGUCAUUCUCACAGAUGCCCGCUGUUUGCCAGGCACAGAGGGUGGAGGGUUGUUUUUGAUGGGCGGUGCCGACGACGUGCGUCUCAUCGGGCUCAUCGUGUCUCCAUUCGGCUGGAAGGCCAACGAGUGGAUAGGCCUCAGUCUGGUCUGCUCUGUCCACUCCAUCUUCAGGAAUAUCCUCCGCUGCUCGAACUCUCAAGAUCCACUCUGUGAUGUUUGUCUCCAUCAGGGAGAGACAGGCCUUCAAAUGAUGACCACCACAGCCCACGAGUCAAAAGCGGUUAAAUACCCUACUGUUUGCUUUGUGGAGAGCGGGGAGCUCUGGGGCUCAGGGGUAGUUGUCACCCCUCGCCUGGUUCUAACCUGCCGACAUGUUGUCAAUGGGAAGUCUACGGUCAACCUCAAGUUCCAUCACAGGAACAGAGUCUUUGAUAGUGUGGGCGACGUGCUGUUUUCCACUAAAGCGUCUUCACCCUAUGAUCUGGCUUUGGUGCGGCUCAGAUCCUCCGUCCUUGAGGCUGUGGUCCCUCGAAUGGCUCAGAGCUUCAAUCCAGGUGAAUCUGUCGUCGUGGUGGGAUAUGGUGGACUGGGCCGGAGCUGUGGCCCGUCCCUCACCAGUGGCGUCCUCUCUAAAGCCGUCAGCCGUGAUAAACAGCCUGUCAUGCUUCAGACCACUUGUGCAGUACAAGCGGGGGCCAGCGGGGGAGCUGUGGUGCGGACACACACAGGAGAGCUGCUUGGUAUCGUGUCCAGCAACACAAGAGACUUGGCAGCCAAAGUGACCUACCCGCACCUCAACUUCAGCAUCCCGGUGACUGUUUUCCAGAGAUUGUUGCAGCGCUUUCACCAGACACAGGAGGUUAACGUGUUCAGGACAUUGGACACAACAGAAAAACAAGUUGUACAUGUGUGGAGGCUACAGGAGGUUAGCAAACUCUAACUGAGGAUCAAAAAUCAGCUGGUUGAUUAUGAGAAAAAUCAUUUUUAGGUGAUCAAAUUUAAUUUGUGUAUCUCUUGAAACAAUAGUAGUGUUUUUAAAUAUAUAUUUCACAUAUCUUUAGAAUGCAACUAAAACAGUAUAAGGAAUAUACAUAGUAUAUGUAUAAUAUAUAUAUAUAUAUUAUGCAAUCUUAAUACUAUACUGAUUGUUUAAUUGUCAUAUUAAAUUAUUCUUUUAACAUUUAAUUUCACCCUGAGUGUUCUGUACACUGUUAUUCCAGUUACUUAACUAAACUAAAACACAGCUGAAGCACCAAAGACACACACAUGUUUUGGUCUUAGUCCUUACUUAGAUUAAUAGAAAACACUGUUUGAAACCUGUCUUUAAAAGGCUAGUUUCAGCCAAGCAAGAGGAAUAUUUAGCAUGAUGAGCUGACAGGUUGCUGAAAAUGAUUGGUCCCCUUGGGUACGUGCUGUCAGUAUCACAUAUUCAGACAUCUGUCAGCAGGCAAACCUGCUCACAGCUCACACAUUUAAGGUUUCACCCACCGGGACAUUACAGGUACUGAUUUCCAUUAUCACAGAAACAUGAAACUGAGAAAGGACAUUUCAGAAGAUUGGUUACUGUCAGUUUUUACAAAGACGAGCUCUCUCGGCCACCACUGUGGAAGAUGUGUGUGUCACAUACCAGUGUGAGGUUUCUAUUUCACAGCUCCAAAGAUUGAAUAGUUUACAGUGUACAGGCGGCUUGAGCAAUGUCCCGAAGAGGCUGAGGAGAUUUCUAUAGGCAUUGUGCUUUUAGAAGUGCUGAUACGCAGACCUGCGACUGUAUCUCAUUUCUGCUACUUUCCCAUAGCAUGAAGCCGUACAGCACUGCAGAGUGAGGGCAACGCCAACAAUAAGCUUUGCUCCGCUGAGAAAAGGUCACAUACAGGAGAUUAAUGUCUUUGAAAUGGUAUCUCCUGAGAACUACAGUCAGAUGAUGGUCUACUAGAAUGUGCUAGAAUUAUAGUUUUGCCAUGAAUACUCAGAAAAUUCAAUAUAAAUUUGUUUAUUUUUAUCUGACCGCUCAAAAUGACACAAUUAUAGGCUCCCAAAUACCCAUCAUAUCACAUCAUUUGAUUUAUAAGACGUGUUCAAUGUGUUAUAUUUAGGGGGUUUAUUGGCAGAAAUGGAUUAUACUUCCCAGUGGCAUGUUUGUGUAAGUGUGUAAUCACUUUAAAAUAAUCUUUUGGUUAUUGCGGCCAUAGAAGAAGCCUGUUAUGGUAAUUUAAGUCAGGGGCCUUGCUUUACACAGGCAGCCAUCUUGUGCAGUGGUAACUGUGCAGGAAGAAGCACAAUUACUUUCUGGUCUGCAAAGGCCACCGUAGUUGCCUAAUGCACUAGGAAAAUGUUUCCAAAUGAGCAAAAGUUGUACUAUAUUCGUUGCAAUAUGCAAUCUCACCAUUAGAUGUCACUAAUUCAGAACACACCAGUUCUGCAAGAAUCAAAGAUUUGUUUUUACACAAGGAAAAAAUACAGUUAAUUUAUUUAUUCUGCUGAGAAAUCUUUGACUUCCUGCUUGAGGAACCCUUUUGCUCUGGAGCACAGGUGUUGUGAUGAUGUAAAGCAAUACACCGCAUGUCUGAUAUUAUCUCUUUCUAACGACAUAAACAAAACUGGGAGUGCGAAUCACGAUACGAUACACGGUCCAUGAUAAUGAUACCACGAAACCGAUUGUUUACUUUAGAGCGCCUUCAUUUAUUAAUGAAAACAUCGAUAUUUGCGCCGAUUCUCGUAUUGCGUGAGGAAGGAUGACGAUACGUCACAAAAAUGAUAUUUUUAGCAUCUCAAUCAAAGCACUGUUGUAUCUGAACUGACUCUUUAGCAUAGAUAGAGACCUAAUAAAGUGGUGAGUGUAUAUGCCAGUCAUCAUCAUCAGUCAUAAUAGAACAAAGAGAGAAAAAGAGGACACGUGCAGGUGUAUGGUAGCCAGCUGGGCCACAGAGACCAGUUUUAUUUCAUUUAAUCUUUUCUUAUUAAACACAAUAAUUGAUCCACAUUAUGACACGAUGUACAUUUGUCAGUUACGCAGUGUUUUCCACCAGUCUUUGCAGGCAUUGAUAACAGGACAAAUAGGUGACAACCUUCUGAUACACUCAUUAUAUACAAGCUAAAGAGUGAUAGACGUGAGAAAUGUUGUUGUUUUUUUCAAUGAGACAGAGCACUACUGUCAUAUAUGAGCCAAAGCAAAUGACAUGUAAACAAUAAAGUCAAAAAAAGGGCAUUUUCCUGUAUUCUAAUGUGGGAACCUCUCCUUGUCGCUGGUGUCCUGCCUAACACCAAAACUGUUAUCUAAACUGUGUUAACUAGCGAAAAAAAGAGAAGCCAGGUCAGACUACUGAAAUGUGCCCUCAUCUUUCUCUUUUCUUUUUUUGUUUUUCACUGUAACCACACGACAAGCACCUGCAACUGCUUAAAGUCUCCUCUAUGCUUUAGCUAAAAACUGCUCAAAGAUAGUUCAAAAGACAUACAACAGAAGAGAACAAAGAUUCACAAGUAUGAGGGACAGAAUUCUUGACUCCACACCCAUAAUCACCCCUACCCUCUUUCCCAUUAUAAGAAUUUCCUGUUACAUUAAAUAUUCCCAAAAAAUUCA